AUGAUAAUUGACGACCACACCCCAGCAACAGACACUCCCAAAAUCCCUAAGAUCCCCAGUUGGCCCGGGAUCCCUAAGCAACGUCCCCAGGAGGCCCUCCAUGUAGAGCCCAUUGUGGCCCUGGGCCAGCGUCUCCGCCCAUGCUACGGUCCCAGGGGCUUAGUAAAAUCCCUUCUCUUUCGCUUCCCCCACGGCUUCUCCAGCUCCCCAGUCACCAGCCCUGACACCCUCUCCGUCCUAACCCACAUGGCUCUGGAGGACCCCUCCGCCCUCACCCUGGCCUCCGCAGCCUCUACCCAGGCCAGAGAGCACGGUGAUGGGGCAGGGAUGGUCCUCCUCCUGGCCGCCUCUCUCCUAACCCAGGCCAAGGACCUACUAACCCUGGGGGUGACUGGGGCUGAGAUCCAGGGGGGCUACCGCCAGGCGUGUGGCAGGGCCCUGGCUCUGUUAGAGGGGAUGGCCUGUGGGGCCCUAAAGGACCCCAGGGAGGAGCUGGAUGUGAGGGCCAUCCUGGGACCCUUCCUCUCCUCCUGGCAGCCAGGGUUCGAAGCCCUGCUGUCGGGGGUGGUGGCCCGGUGCUGUGUUCACAGCUGGAGACCCAUAACUUCUGGUGACCGAGGAGAGGUGUGGGAAGGAGUUACCUUUGACCCCAGCUGUGUCAGAGUGUGUACGGUGCUAGAGAAGGCUAUACCAGACCAGGGUUCAGAGACCGAGGAUGGACAGAUAGAAACAGAUGGAGAGGAGCUGAUACAGACCAAGGGAGAGGGGGAGGAGAGGACUGGAGUUGAAGAAGUUCAGAUGAUGAAGGAGGAGGGGAAGGAAACGGGGAAAGAGAUGGAGAGUGAAAGGACUGCAGAGGCUAGUGAAGUGGAGGAGGGAGAAAACGAGACCAACAAUAAUGAGUCACUCAGAGAGGAAGAAACAGAGGAAGAGGUAGAGAACCAAGUUAAGCGGAGAAUAUGUCAGAAGAUGGAGGAUGCUAUAAAACAAAUGGAUGAUGAAGAAACGGAGGAUGAUGAAGGUAAGGAAGAAAAUACGUCUGACGACUGGGUGGAUCUGGGCCUGGAGAUAUGGAGAGGGAGCUUUGCCAAGCUCAUUUCCCACUGCUCCACUCAGAGACAGAUUUACAAGCAUAUCACCUCGGUCCGCUCUGCCCAGCGCAGGCGACGACUACACAGGCCUAAAGGGCAUCUGACAAGCCCAACAACCCACCACCACCACUCACGCAAAAAGACCCGCCAGUCACCCAGGAAAACCCCCACCAGUAUCCCUCUCUGGGCCAGUGUAGUGGUGGAGGAGCCCCUGGACGAGGAGGCCUGCUGUAAGGUCACAGUGACUGUCCGUAGCCCAGACCAGGCCCUGCUGAUUAGCGCAGAGGCUGCAUUACGUGCCUCCCUGCGGGUUUACUGCUCCCUCCUAGCAGAGCCCCGGGUGGUCCCCGGGGCUGGAGCCUCUGAAGUGGGCUUGGCCGCGGGGCUGACCCAGAAUGGGUUAACCCUGGUGGGCAUGGAGCAGCUGGCCGUUCAUGCCUUCGCCCAGGCCCUGCUGGAGCCAGUCAAAGCCCUGGGAGAGAAUGGAGGGACCCCAGCGGAACUGGCCGUGCUGAGAGGAUACAAACGACGAUGGAAGGGCAAGAUGGACGGGACCAAGGGAGCGUAUCGAGGUGUGUUGGACAGGCUAGGGUGUAAGGCUAGUGCCAUAGAGAAAGCUACAAAGGCCUCACUAGUUGUCCUCACUGAACUCCUGAGCCAGAUAGCGACGGAGGAGGACAAGACCAAAAUCUUCUUCCCAGUUACCACAGAACAGGCAUGGCUCCCUUCACUGCCUCCAUAG